AUGUCAGCAGUAUCGGUGUCAGUGCUGUUCGUAGCAGAAACACAUUCGACUGAAGAUGUUUUUGGGAAGAAGGAUAAAGAAGAGUUCGAGUCGUUGUCAAGACUGUUAUCCGAAGAUCGCUCAGAAGAGGGAAGUAAGGGAAUAUUGGUGGUAUUCAAUGCGAUUUGUGCGAUCACUUGCAUUCUACUCAUACCAGUCAUCUUCCGACAACGACACAAACAUCACGAGGCUAGGGGAUGGGCGCUAAUGGAAUUAUUCCUCUUGGGCGCUGCUACCCUAUACUCGAUCGUUAGUUGCUUCGGUCAUCGUUUUCUUCUACAACGAAAAAUAAUGAAUCUUCAAGAAUAUCGUGUACGCAAAGCUCAUCAUAUGUUUGUGAAAGAAGAAGAUCUGCUGAAGUAUUUAUUUUGUAUGUUAUCAUUGACAACAACAGGACUGAUAGCCUGGACGUUAGGUGCGUGGUCGGAUGAGGUGUUGUGGAGCAGUUCAUGGCCGCAGUGCGCAGUGCAGUUGUGGAGUUUGACCUGGCACGGCUACGAGUUGAUGAUGCUCCUUUAUGCGAUUCGGUUGUGCUAUAAAGCACGCAAUUGCAACUGGCUUGAACGAUGGCAGUUCACUGUUGCUAUUAUUCUUGAGAUCAUUAUUACCAUUAUGGCCAAUCUUAUUAGAUACUCAAUUAGAAACAGUGGGCAAAGUGACACACUACUCACUGUUACAUUCGUACAAUUACACCUAACUGUUUCUGUCAAUAUUGUCAUCAUUAUAGCACCGAAGUUUUAUCUGGUCAGUUCUGAGAGUACCCGUCGAACACAGACAUUAACUGGGAAUAGCGGAAGAGCACACCCAUCUUUAGCUAAACUAAGAGAUAAUCUUCUGAAUGGAACGGUCGAUUUUGCUGAAAUACCCAUCGCUGAUAUGAAUCCUGAAGAUAUUCGAGCUGAACUGAAACGAGUGUAUACACAACUGCGAAUGUAUAAAUUGAAGAACAUUUAUCAAGAUAAUCCACAUAUAAGUAAACGGAAAGGUGGAAAAAAGUCGAGCAGUGAUAAAAUUAUCAAAAAUAGACGUAUCUCAAUACCACCGCCGUCAAAUUCUCCGAAGGUUUGUCGGAUUGAGGAUGAAGAACGAAGUGAUUUAACAGUAGAAUCAGCACCUCACAAUGUGUUUCUAUCAACCUACAAACUACAAUUGGAACCACGCCAUUCAGUUCGAGUGUGA